GAGAGAGAGAGAGAGAAGUUAGAACGUGUGUCGUCUCGAUACCGCUUGCCACACGAGCGUCCGCUCGUUUUGAAUACUCGGUUCGAUUAAAUUUCCGAGACGCGCGAUAAGAGAGGAGCCGAUAACGGGGGAGUAGAAAAGUGCCGCGGCUCGGAAUCGUGAUCUUCGUCUCUCGUUAUUCCGUCCGGGAAUCCGCUCCGUUUUGCUCGCGCGUCGCGGACCUCGCACAGAGUGGGAAAGAAAGAAAAGAGAGAGAGAGAGAAAGAGAGAGAGGUUAGGUGAUCUCGUGCACAACACGGUCUCGCUCGCACGGUCGGAUCGGCGACGAGGGAAGAAUGGCAAGGUUGAUCGUCCAGGUCGGCAGACGCGCGGCGAAGACCCUCGUCUCGCACGGCGGCGGUCUGCUCGAUUCAGCCGCGAAGUCGGGGACGACGAGGAUACCUCUCGCCGUGGCCGCGCGAUCCAUAACCACAACUCGUUGCUUGAGAGACGAACGAUGGUACACCGAUAAGCACGAAUGGAUAACGGUGGACGGCAAAAUCGGUACAGUCGGUAUAUCGGAUUACGCGCAGGAUGCACUCGGGGAUGUGGUGUACGCGCAGCUUCCCGACGUAGGAUCCACGAUCAAAAAAGACGAGGAAUGCGGAGCCCUGGAAUCGGUGAAGGCAGCCUCAGAACUGACAAGUCCGGUCAGCGGGAAAGUUACGGAGAAAAAUGAGGCGGUUGAAAGUAAACCCGGGUUAAUUAACAAAUCUUGUUACAAAGACGGUUGGCUAUUCAAAAUAGAGUUAAGCGAUUUAGACGAGAUCAAGAGCCUAAUGAACGAGGAGGCUUAUAAUACGUUUUUAAAAUCAGAUCCGCAUUAAAUUUAUAUGCUAGAAAAGAAUUUGAACCAAAUUGCUAAUAUAUUCUAACAGGAACUGUAUUUUCUGCUUGAAGAUAUCAUUCGAGAGAUUUAAUGGACUUAUUGAAACACACACGAAAGACAUUUUAUAAUUACUUGAUCACGCAUGAUUUAACUGAAAGUUGAAUAGAAAUUGUUGCGCAAUUUAAUGUGGAUUGCAGAAAGAUGUAGUUUGUCCGAUUAUUUGUACGUCAACGAUAAUUCAUACAAAAUCCAAAAAUAUGCUGCGUAUUCACUAUAAAUAUAUCAUUCCGUUUUAUGGAAAAUAAUGUUAUAUUUGCACUUUGAUCACAUUGAGAGCAAUCACAACUGGAGUUACACAUAUGUCAUUUCAGUAGUUUUAUAAGUAACAGAAAUGUUAAUUUAUGAAGAAGUUAGUGUAUUAAGCAAGCAAACAUUUAACGUUUUUUUUUUUUCAAAUACAUCAUAAAUAUGAUCUUAAUCCAUGUCGGAGUGAUGUCGAAAAUUAUUUACUGCAAAAAUUAAAACAAGUUACAUGUUAGCGAAUUAUAAACAACUGUACAAAAUAUAGUUCAGUACAGAAAUUUUAAUGCGUAAAAAGAUGUUGUAUGUAGCACAAGUCAAAAAUUAGUAUUGAUUGCGAUAAUUGCAAUAUUUUUAUUAGUCACUGUGCAACGUUCUUCAUUUUGUAUUUAUACAAAGCAAACAAAUAUAGAUAUAUAUGCAUAUAUAUAUAUGUUGUUUGAUAAUACAUGAAUAAUAGCAUUCGAGUUACAAAUUAUGAUACUAUUCUUUUUUUUUUUUCUUUUCCGAGCGCACAAAGAUUUUGGAAAUUUUGUAACAAUUUUACAUCCUAAUAAGAGACUGAAUAAUCGCAAGAGAUAUUUUCGAAUCUCACAAAAUGGUAUACCGAUUGAUCUUACGCACUAUUUUUGACUCUCCUCCGAAAUAUUUCGUAAUCUUGUAGCAAUCCUUAAGUUCCGAAAUGAGGGAAGUAAUAUCGCUAUGGGUUUCAACCGAUAUAAUAUAUAAAAAAUAGUACUGUCAGCUCUCUAGAAAGGAACCAUUAUCUGUUAAUAAUAAAAAUAUAUUUACAGUCAA